CAAGAGACCAAAUUGCAAUACAGCCCCCCUCCAAAAACUCUAUAGUAUACACAAGAUGCCCGAGGACUCUGCGCCCGACCCGAACAAGAUGUCCCUGGUAUCCGUCGACAUCGACGGGUCACCAGAACAAGACGGGCAACAGACAACCAACCAAGAACCCAAGGCUUCCGCAGUAUCCUUCGAUCCCGAUGUUGUGGACCAGCGCAUCACCGUAUCAGAGUGCACAACUCCGCUUCGUUGCCUCGGUUUAUUGACGGGCAUGAGCAAGAAGAAGAAUUAUACAAGCAUCGCAACUUCUACAGAAAGCAGGCGUCAGCGUGACAAAUCUGCACACAGUUUGAAGUACUGCUUGAGGUUCCACCGAUGUUUGUCCUCUAGACAGGACUGUAGGGCGAGAUGUUCUUUACUUGGCUUUUUGAGUUUUACAAACGUAUGAGGGGGACGAGAGGAAGUUCUUGCGCACUCUCAUACACCACGGGCACCGCUGCCGAUCAGCGCGCCACCACGGGUACGACAACCACGGCCGUCACGGCGUUAUCCAUGCUCACGGCGGCUUCCCGUCUCCAAGCGCUGCCGGAGGAGGCAAAGGAGGACUCGAAGGGCACUAAGCAGCAAGCGCAACAGCAACCAGGAGACACGAAAAUUCAGCUGCAACCACUGGACGGGCGCGACAGCACGCUGACACAACCCGAGCUGAUCGAGAUGUCGGGGCGCGACGAAAAUUACCGAAAGAAAUUCACGGACCCCUCUAUGACCUGCUGAAACGUUACAAGCUCAAAUGUUAGAAUAGAGUCUAGAUUAUUUUGUCUUGCAUGCUUAGCAUGACAGAAUCGCAGAGCGUUCCAUUUUCUGCAAUACAAAUUUCGGUAGAUUCUAGUGCGGCUCUUUGGGGCUCCGAAACUUGUCAUGCGCAAUCCUGUGAGAGCAGGUUAGCUCAUGCAUUUCUUGCAUCACAGAUUUCCGUACUCUACUGCAACGUUAGUUUGAGAUUGUAACACCUGAGCAAGUUAUACCCUCGCAGCGGAAACUCGCGAUGGAACGGGCAAACCAGGAAUGUUUGAAAUCCAUGAUCACGGAAACGGAUGAGAACAACCAGCUGCGCCUCGUCAACUGGCGCACAGCGGACGUGAAAAAAAUCGGAAAAGUCACGCAGAGCGUCGGUAUGAUAAUUCGGAUGAUUGAUAGAUGAGAUGACUUUUAUCUUUCACGGGCGAGUUCUUCUGCUUCUCGUCGUUGUUUCAGAUUCAGCUUUCGCAUGGCUAUCGUCAAAACAGCACUUCAAAUCCGCAUUUAUUCCGCAUGACAAACUUUCACCUAUUGCUAUUGCCCUCUCUCAGGUAUCGAGCUGUAUUUUCAGUUCCUGCGCUACGGCGUGUUUUUCUUCUUUCUCUGGUCCCUGCUCACCGUGUUAUUGGUAGCCCUUCGGGCGCGAUCAGAUGACUUUUAUUUUUCAUGGACAGGUUCGUCUACUUUUCGUUGUUUCAGUUUCAGCCUCCACUUGACUAUCGUCACAAGACUUCACAUCCGCGUUUAUUCCGCAUGAAAAACUAACACCUACUGCCCUCUCUCAGGCAUCGAGCUGUAUUUUCAGUUUCUUAUGGCGAUGGCAGAAACUUUUUGCUUCAAAACUUUUUUUUUUGGGGCAUGCAAAUCAUCAAUCAGGAAAACUAGACACCUUCUGGGCGGUGAAUAUUCCGCGCAUGAACAGGACGGGUUUUUCUGUAGGCUGAGCUAGUUAGUCUGAAUGCAGGGACAGGGUAGGCCUGCCCGCCGGCUGCGGCACGGAUUCGUCCUGAGCCCUUUGGCCUCGAGGUGUGUGACAGCUAGGUCCCCCGGCGCGGCCUUGGCAUGUCGGGAAGUAGUUCAGGAUAUUGCAGCGCAAUUCUGACUGGUCGCACAAGGGCGGCAAUCUCGAACGAGCAUGGCCACGGGGCCUGGCGUGCCAUAGCUUCCAAAGUACUCUGCGAGGCACAGACAGUGUAGGCGUACUGAGCCAAUAAAGUUGCCCACUUUAUUCCGGGCCCGGCUGCGUAACACCCGUCCUUGCCGGGUUCGCGUGAUCAUUUUUCCGGACAUUGCUUUUGAAAAGCUGGAAACUUGCGGAAGCCAAAAGAGGGCGCGGGCCCCCCCUUGGGGGGGGGGUUUGGGGGACCCCCCUUCGUGGAGAUACUAAGGGGGAGUACCCUUCUUAGGAGGCCCAAAAAGGGGGGGGGUUUGGGGGUGGGUCGUGGGGGGGCUUUCGAUUUGCUUCCAGAGUCGGGGGGCUUUCGUUUUACUCAGCCGCGGCGCCUAAGUCGUUGGCGCCGUCGCGCUUAGCUUUCAAUUGUUCGGCAGCCGAGCGUGGCUGCCUGUUUUGUUUACCGGGGCAUGGGCCGGCUGUUUGCCACGGACCGCGGCACAAACGGCCUCGGCUUGGCUGCGUAUUUCUUUUUAUUCGACCAGCGCGAUCCCAUAUGGUGUCUGUCCGGCUCCUGCGCCUGCCGUCACGGACCGAACCCGGGACGCAACCGGCGGCAACGUCCGUUCUGUUCCUGCAUGCAGACCAGCAAAUUUGACAGGGUCUUAAAGCCGCAGCGCUCAUGCGUGAGAUAGUUGCCGCUGGGACGAUAUUUACUUUUCGCGCUGGGUGAUUCGCAUGCCCAAAAAAAAAAAAGUUUUGACGCAAAAAGUUUCUGCCAUCGCCAUAUUUCUGCACUACGGCGUGUUUUUCUUCUUUCUCUGGUCCCUGCUCACCGUGUUCAUCCUCCUUGCCUGCUUGGCCCCCAGUGAAGAGUCCGACGACAAGACCGGCGCUGGGUUCCUCGCUUUGUUCUCCCUCGCCUCCUUUUCCGACGUCAGACAGAAGGACUUACCUAUUGGGUCCAGAAAAAUCGAUUUCUACGGCGACAAACUGACCACCGUGGACGUGACCCCCUGGAUGAGUGCCAUGUCGGCGCUCGGCGCGUUUCUCUACCUGGGUUACGUACUGUGGUUCCGGUACGUCAACAUUGCGAAGACGGCGGAGGCGUUGGACGCGCAAACCGUCACACCCGCGAACUUCACGGUGCUCGUCGACCAACUCCCCUCGUUCGAAAUGGUGAAGGCAGAAGACUAUGCAACGGAACUGCGGAAGCACUUUGUGAAGGUCCUCAACAUGGAGAAAUUUCGGCUUGAGCAGGUAUCUGCGAAAGAAAAAGCGAAGCGGGAAGGUAUCGAUGUGAAGAAAGUGGAGUUACCGGCUCCCCCUGCCGACGGGUUCGAGGUGACGGACGUGGCGGAAUUGGAAAGAAUCAUACCGGAAAUCUCCUUCGCGCGGAACUACGGCGGAAAGUUGGCGGCGAUUCAGGACGAAGUAUGCAUUGCAAAUAUGUCUGGGAGGUCUGGAAACUUGUGAUGCUAAGUGGCGAUGAUUGAGCACACUCCUGAGUGCAGCCAAGCAUGACAAAUUUACAGCGCGCUUCCUCGUGUGUAAUGCGCAUGAGAAACUGGGUUUUGCAUGACAAAGAAUUCGCGCUUUUGUCGGUCACGCAAUACAGAUUUCACAAGAGUGCAACACACGCAAUACAGAUUUCCAGACCCCGACAGAUUUGCAGUUGAUACGCAGCCCGCUUGAAGCAAAAAAUCAUCGAGGCGAAAAUUGACAACGACGAGAAAAAGAUUGAAGCGGUGAAGAAACAGGUAUACAUUCGAUGAACUGCUGAGUUGUUUCAAAAGUUUGUAUUGCAUCGUCGCAGCGUUCAAACUGUUUGUCAUGCGAAUUUCGAAUCAUCAUACUGACAUACGCAUAUUAACUCUAUCAGGCCGAGAAACUGGACAAGCGCAACCAGAAGCGAAAAGACACGUUUGGGGACAUUUUAGAGCACGAGCGGGAAAUUUUUCGCGCCUACGUCAGUUUCCACCUCUCGCACGACAAGGCUCUCAUCGAAGACCUCUACCGCAUGUCUCCCUACACGUUUGGGUAUUUAUUUCAACCAAAGAAACUCCGGUUCCAGGGCGUGAAGCGAAUCUGCGUCACCAAAGCGCCCGAGCCGUCGAACAUUUUAUGGGAGAACCAGGAUUGUCCAGCCAUGACGCGGUUCAUCCGGCGGUCGAUCACGAAAGUGCUGGUCAUCAUUUUACUGGCGAUCUCGACCGGCGGCAUCCUCUGGGCGCAGCAGAAACAACAGAGCGAAGCGAAAAAGGCGCAGGGCAGCGAUUGUCAGUUGACGCUGUUGGACGGCGAGGAGGUGAUGACAGUGCGGAACGACCCGACGAAGAAAUUGACCGCGGCCACCGCGAAGGUGUUUUUGGAUUCCUUACCCGCCGGGACAGUGAAAAAGGACUACUUGACCGACUGCGAGUGCAGCGCCAUCGGGAUCAGUGCGAUGAGCGGGGACGUGAAGUUAGCCUGUGAGACGUUCUACGACACGCAAGUCACCAUGUUCAUCAUCACCACCGGGUCGUCCAUCAUCGUGGUCGCAAUCAAUUUCCUCUUGAAGAUGUUCCUCGUGAAACUAGCGAAUUUUGAACGCCCCUUGACCGUUUCCGGGCUGGAGUGUGCGAUCAGUCUGAAGGUGUUUGUCGCUUUGUUUCUCAACACGGCGCUGCUGGUGUUUUUGUUAAAUCAAGAGUGGUUCUACCCGAUGAGCGAGUUUUUACGGGGGGAGCGGCCGGACUUUGACCACGUUUGGUUUGCGACGGUCGGGCUAGCGAUUUCCACAACACUGAUGAUCAACAUCGCGUCCCCGCAUCUCAUAUCCACGGGAAAAGUAUCGUACUCGUACGUAGUAAUUGCAGUGUUGCAUGACAAAUCUCACACUCUACCUGAACCAGCAUGACAAACUGCAUUUUUCAGAUUGAAAAAAAUUAGAAUUGUGAUGCAAAAAUUUACACUAAGACUGAUCAGCUCGAUACUUGUGUAAAGUGCAUAUCUCAUCCAAGUUGCGGUAUCCUACGUUCUACGGCUCAAAGCCUACUGCUGCGGGCACUGCUGCGCGACUACCGAGGAGCAAAUCGUGAAUGCUUUUGAGCCGAUCGUGUUCGAGCUCGCGCCGCGUAUCAAAUGCAAAAAUGUCUGGUCGUCUAGAAGAGUGCAAGAUUUGUCAUGCAAAUUUUACAUGACCCAUGACGUUUGUAGUGCAUGAACUAGCAUCCCAGAAUUUUAGUGGGCUUCCUGAUGCCUAUUUCGCAUGAGAAAUGCCAUUAUUUCCAUGUAGCACAAACUGAACCCCUCUUGCUGGUUAUGCAAUACAGUUUUUUUUUAGAUGCAGAGAUAUUCCGCGUCUCUGAGCGUUUUCGAUUUCCGCAUCGCAAAUUGGCCCCUUUGUUUUAGUUAGGAAUGUGUCCACAUCAGACGCUAUUCCUGCCUUGCUCGUGCGCAUACGUACGUAGAUCUCUUGACUUCAGUCUCGAGGCUUAGGGUCGGAGUACUCUCAGCACUGCUGAAGCUUUAGAACCAGACGGGAGUUUAGAACCAGACGGGAGUGCACGCCCUGAAGGAUCAGAGCAAAAGGCUUUUUGAUAGCGCUUUUUUACAAACGGCUUCAUGGUCCGCUUUCUCUGUUGCGCUCUUCCUUUUUCCUCGGGCCCUACUGGCACCAAGCAGUUUUUUCUUUCGGGGAUCGGGUUAUUGGUUUAGGAUUAGACAGGUGGUAAACCACCCCAUUUUAGGAACAUCACAUGUUACGCGCAUCCGGAUUCUCCACCAGCAUGCCGUCGCGACUUCUUCCCUCCGUCGACUCAGCCACCGCGGAAGGGUUCCAGGGUUUAGAAGGAUUUAGUUUAGGGUUCCUAUUUGAUUUUAGAUGCAGAGACAGCAUCACAGGUUGCAACCUCCCAGACGCAGACAUAUUUGCAAUGCAUACCGCGAACGGGGGCGCUAUUAAACACGUUGUACAGCACGUUGGUUUUUGCUGCCGGUUGUCCGAUCUAUUGUGAGGAAAAAUCCCCCCUCCCCAAAUAUCGAAAAGGCGUGCUGUUCAAAAUUUGUGAUGCUGACUUGUGGUCACAAAUCGAGUCUGUCUUGCGAGAGAGCAAAGCCAGGGCCUCCGCUGCAUUUCGCGGGCGAUUUGUAAUGCUGCUACGCUACUAGGGCAGACGUCUGCCAUGCUAAGUGCUUACCCCAAGCCACCCCCUUCCGGGCUUUGUAUCUGUCUGCAGUCCUCUACCGCAACACAAUUCUGAUUUGUGUACCCAAAUCCUGCAUCACAGAUUUCCAUUUCGAUAUGGGGAGGGGGCAUUUUUCCUUUUGAUACGAUCUUGAUUUGGUUUGCGACGCUGAACCACAUGCUGUGCUUUCUGGCGGACAAGUAUUUGUUACUUCGGGUGUCCAAACGGCCGCCGGCAUAUUAUGAAAUGUAAAAAUGUCUGGGUCUGGAAGAGUGCGAGGUUUGUCAUGCACGUUUUGCAUGAGCCAUGAUGUCUGUGAUGCAUACCUUAGCAAUACAGAUCUUUUGAAGGCUUCUUGAUGCCUAUUCCGCAUGACAAAUGCCUUCUCAGUGUAGCAAAAAUUGCAUUCCCUUUGGUACUCAUGCAAUACAGAUUUUUUUGGAAUCCAAAUGCAGCAUCACAAGUUGCAUUCUUCCAGACCCAGACAUUUUUACAUUUGAUACAUAUGACGAGCAGGUGAUUAAGGACGCGAUUGGAAUCGUGCCGUAUGCGCUGCUAUCAAGUGUAAAAAUGUCUGGGUCUGGAAACUUGUGAUGCUGAGUGGCGUCUCAUGAUGAGGCUACAAAUGCUGGCUCAGCAUGACAAGUUUCUGAGCUCCUAGGUGUUGCCUAUUCUGCAUGACAGACUGCGCUUCUGCAUCACAGAAAAACGGAGCUCUUGGGCAACGUGCAUGACAGAUUUAAGAGUCAUGCCAGACAAGCCUGACAAACGUGAAUUCCAGACCCAGACAUUUUUACAUUUGAUAGCUGUUGCUGCACGUAUGGGAUGGGUGAAAGAGGUUUUAUCGUAUUGGAACUUCGUCUUUGCAUAGAAGGGAGGCCUGGAGGUUGUUUUUAGCAUGACGAACUCGCCUCUGCCGCAGCUAUGUACGAACAGGUAUUUUCAUUUUUACAGUGAACAAGCACGUCGACUGCACAUGCAUGACUCUGCAAUGCGAUACUAGUUUGCACUCCAUACCACGCCAUUGUCGGGAUUUGGAUGUUGGGAAAUGUGGAAGUGUUUCCCUCAGAGGAAUUUAUCGAGAUGACGGUGCCCCAGGACGCACCGAAAGCCUUCCGACCACUGUUGACGCUGGUAUAGAUGCAUUCACUUCUACUUGAUCCGGAGUGCUACUUUGUAAGUACGCGGUUUGGAGCAUGACAAACGUGCUUUGUUUUGCUAAUUUCCGCAUGACAAAAAACAAUUCAGAUCGACCGCAGUUUGGUUGCCGCCGGCGUCCCCUACUUCCUUCUCCUCUUGGCUCUCCUCUUCUUCGUCGCGAUCGAAAUCCUGAAGCUCUUUCUCGGGCGCGCGUUCGACGCAGUGGGGAGCUGCCUGUUCAAGUGCUGCUGCAACAAUAAAGUGACGAGGAGCAGUAUCGAGGAAAAAAGCUGUGUAAGUGUAACUUUGUACGCUUUGCCUUACAGGGAAAAGCUGUCAUGCGCAGCUACUACGUUGAAACACGUAUGAAGUAGCCUAUGACGCAGAUUCAGCAUGACACGUGUAAUAGUUUUGCAUUUUCUGCAUCACAGACUUACACUCACAUAGUCUUUUUCUGGCAUAAGUAGCCUGAACUUCGUGGAUCUGGACGCUUUAUCCCCCUCCAUGGUCCACGCCGAGGACAAAACGAACUACCGCGACGCGCAGCAAGAGUGGCGGGCGCAGAAGAUCUGCGCGUCUUAUUUCCUGAUCGAUAACGAGAAGUACGAGUUUAUGCGGACCGCGGACGUCGACCUGCGCACCUUCGUGUCCCGCGGCGAGGUUUCGCGAAAGAAAUCCUCCGCCCACAGCCUCCACAGCAGUGUUAAAACGAGUGUUAAAAGCGAGGGCGAGGCGAAGCAGGGGGAGGAAGUGGUUGUUUCCGAAGGGAACAUAUCAAAUGCAAAAAUGUCUGGGUCUGGAAGAUUGCCAGGUUUGUCAUGCAUUUUUUGCAUGAUGCCUGACGCCUGUAAUGCAUGACCUAGCACCACAGAUUUUUAGAGGCCCUCCUGAUGCCUAAUCCGCAUGAGAAAUAGCCUCUACUCCGCGUAGCACAAACUGGACUCACUUUGCUGGUCAUGCAAUACAGUUUUUUUUGGAAUCCAAAGACAGCAUUACAAGUUGCAAUCUUCCAGACCCAGACAUUUUUGCAAUCCAUAGAACAAUGACGGAGACGCCACGCCGCUGAAAGUGUCCUCUGUCGGUGACUAUCAAAUGCAAAAAUGUCUGGGUCUGGAAACUUGUGAUGCAAAUCUACGAAUUGUGGGCGCACUGCAGUAUGCAUCCAAGCAUGAGAAGUUAUUGCGCUGCUGUGUGUUUCGUUUAUCGCAUGACAAACUGCGUUUUUGCAUGACAGGUAAGAGGCCCUUUUCCUGCUCAUGCAUCACAGAUGUAAGAGUCAUCCCAGACAAGCACGACAAACUUGCAUUCUUCCAGACCCAGACAUAUUUGCUAUGCAUAGUGACCCGACGAGUCCCAGCAAGCAACCCGGAGCGCUGAAUGUCGGCGAUGAAAAGCGGACCGGCGCGGACAGGGAUAAUGCGGAUCGGUACUCGUAUGCAGAUGGGGUUGAGGGUUGGGUCAAGAGCAUGAGAAUUUGUGUUGCAUCGAUCGAUGUGCAUAUGGAGAGUUUGCGAUUUGGACAGUAGGUAUUGCGAGAUGCGAUUCUGAUCUCCGCGUUUUUGUCUUGCUGUGCAGUAGAAAUUCUCAGUGCUGCAUGAUCACAGAUUCUGUGCAUUGACUCGUCCUCGGAAUUUGCCAUGCAUAAUCUGAAGCACUCGUUUUAUCACCAUCAAGAUUCGGGAUUGAACCUGAUGACCGACCCAACCGUGGAAAUAACAUCGAGUGGACACGAUGAGGCAUAG